GCCGAAAGAAAAGUUUAGGUUUCUCUGUAUUCAAGCUUCCGGCAGAAGAUAGAUUGCCUCCUGAAAAAGAUGAGGAAGAUAUUCCGAAAGCAAAAUUGUUUUCUAAUUAUACACCUUAUUGGUAUUUCAAACAAUGCAAAAAACUGGCAAAACAAGACAAGGCAGUAGAAUGUCUUCAAUUUUUUCAACAAAAAAUGCUUAAAGAAGAUAGAGUUUUUCCAGAAGAAAUGAAUUAUACAGUUGUUAUUGGCGCAUUAGGUAGAAAGGGAUAUGUAAAUAAGGCAUUUCAACUAUACAUACAAAUGCGGAAACGAGCAAUAAGCCCUUCUGAAGCUACGUAUACUGGGCUAUUCAAUGCAGUCGCACAAUCUUCAAACAGCUCAAACCUGAAAAAAGCAAUCAAUUUAUAUGCAAAGAUACAUCAAUCAAAUAUAAGAAUUUCCAGAAUAACAUACAACGCUAUAAUUAAGGCUUUCGGUAAACAUGGAACCACAGAACAGAUGCUGGGAAUAUUUCGUGAAUCGAUUAUGGCUGGGUUUGAACCAGAUUCUGAAACAUUUAAUAUGAUUCUGUUAUGUUUACAACGAGAUAAAGAAGCUGGAUUCAGGCAUGCAAUUGAGGUUUGGAGAAUGAUGCUGAUGUUAAAUAUAAAACCAGAUGGAAAAUCAAUCAUGUAUUUAUUGAAAGUUUUAAAACAUUGUGGAAUUGGAAGUCCGGAUUUAGCAUACAGGAAACUUGUCACUGAACUUCCAGACCCUGCUGAGUAUAAAGAUUUCUUUAAGAAUAAUUUACGAAGAGUUUACUGGUUGAAAGGACAGGCCGCCACAAAGAAACAAUUACCAGGAAUCGAUGCGCCUUCAUCACCAGAGAUUUUAACAAUCGACGCAGGCAUUAUUGAAGAAAAACUGUCUGAAGCUAUUCCAAAAAUUAAGACAAAUUUACAGUCUGAAAUUAGUAACGAAAUUAUCGAAGACGACAAAGUUUCUUUGUCAUAUAAGCCAAUUUCUGAUAUUGUAAUUGAUGCGACAAUAUCAACUGUGUCAGACUCAUCCAAAAGACAGAUGAACCUCUUACUACUGCCUUUUCAAAAUGAUUUGCAACCUGCUCCAAAUAAUAAUAUUCCUGUCAGUAUUGCAAGGUGCGAUCGGCCAUGGUUAAGAUUGCAGCUGAUUGGAGGGCAUAAGCAUGUUUUUGAAAUAAUGAAAGAACAUGAAAUUAAGCCAACUGUAAUGCUCUUAUCAACAUUAAUUCAAGUGUUGGAAUCGAAUAGAGAAGCUGAAGACGAAGUGAUUGAAUUUGCAGAACAAAAUAACGUAAAACUUGAUGCAGAUUUUUUCAACUUGAUUAUAAGGAAAAGAGCAGGAAGAUUUGAUAUGAAUGGAACAAAGUUGAUUUUGAGCAAAAUGGUGGCAAAGGAGUUUGCACCAAAUUAUCGUACCUGGUGCACAAUGGCAUUAACAUGUGUGAAAGGUCACUAUGGAGUAGCAUUGAUAAAUGAAGCUAAAAACGCCAAUGUUGAAUUUGAUCACAUAUUUUUCAACAGUUUAAUAUCUACAGCAUUGAAGAAUACUAGAGGAACCAGAAUAACAGGAUAUGAAGAUGUGAAGGGAUAUGAUUACAGAUAUCUCAGUCGAAUUAUUUAUGAAAUGAAACAAUCUAACGUGAAAGCUGAUCAUCAAACGAUUGAACUUUUGGAGAAAGCAUCGGAAUGGCCAGAGGGAUAUAACAGGUGGAAAUCUGCUGAUCCAGAUUUUGAACAUAAAGUUUUCAAUUUUCGCAAACAGUAUAAGGAAUGGUUAAAUCAUAUGGAAAUUGCAACAGAUGAAGAGCCUGUUCUUUCAUGAUACCGGUGGAAUAGAAUACCAAGAUAAAAUUUAUUAUUUGAAUGUUCACUGCCAUUUAUGCUGAUCAAUAAUAAAAUACAUUUUUUUCUAGCUUGUUUUUCAA